AGAGAGAGAGAAACCUAGCUGGCUCUCAGAUCUUGGCUGCGGUGAGGACACCCAGGAGAAGUGCAUUCCUGAGGCAGCAAGCGAGGAGAAGGCACAGAUAAGGGAAGAUAGAGCGGAGAAGUCGUGACAUCCUUUAAAUCUCCCCCUGACCAAGUCUGACUGCCUCUGACCUGCGCCGGACUCGCACGCUCCACGCACACUCACCCGCUGCCUUUGCACACCAGCUGCACAACCGGCUCUGCUGCUCUCUCAGACGUAAAGGAUUCCCCUUCGAGCGAGGAAAAGAGACGGAGAGAAUUAAAAUCAGACAGAGGGAAUAAAGACAACGGAGAGAAGGACAGGAUCCUCUCACUCGAGUCAGUGCCAUGCAUUGUUGAGUUGAGUCAACCCAAGCUGAAGUGAUCGGUUUUGAAGACCAUCUUACCCUUUACCCCGUCCUGCCUGGUCCCAGAUGGAGCUAAAAGUGUGGGUAGACGGAGUAGUGCGGGUUGUAUGCGGCCUGUCUGAGGAGACUUCCUGCCAGGAUGUGGUCAUUGCUCUGGCCCAGGCCAUUGGCCAGACAGGCCGUUAUGUUCUGAUCCAGCGUCUUAGGGAUACGGAGCGGCAGCUGUUGGCCACAGAUAGGCCUCUGGAGUCUCUGGCUAAGUUAGGCCAACAUGGCAGUGAAGUUCAGUUCUUCCUGCGCCGCACUGGCCCUAGCAGCAGUGACGCACCUGGCUCAAAACAAGACGGACCAACUCCCCACCCACUGCCCAAGCAUCCUGAGCCAGAGCCAUCGAAACGCAGCCAGCCUAAGAAAGCGCACACCUUUAACCUGGGGCCAUCUACCUCCCCUAGAACCAAACCAUUUAAGAAGUCUCCUCGGGACUCUCCAGAGCAAAGACCCUCCCCCUCUCCUUCUCCCAGCCCUGUAUCUUCUCAUGUGCCAUCGCCGUCUCCCUCACCACUUACAGGCCCAUCCAAAGAGGAGGUCUUUAGGAAAGUUCUUCAGCAACAGGAGAGACUGAGGGCCAUCGAGGCCCAGCUAGAAACCCUAGAGAGGGAGUCACGUUCCUGGGAGUGUCCCUACCCAUCUCCAUGUCCUUCACCCGUUUCUGACGCUCGCUUGCAAGAAGAGAUGGAGACACUGGAGCAAGUGGUGCGGAGAAACCAGGCCGAGCUUGCCCACGAGCAGUACUGGGAGGAGGAGCUUCAGGCAGAGGUGGAGAAGGAGCGAGGAAUGAGGAGGAAGCUGGGGGAGCUCCAUGCCAAGCUAGACGACUGUGGACGGCGGCUCCACGAGUUCUCCGUGCGCUCGUCUCAGCUGGAGAAAGAGAUCCAGCGGGAAAGCCAGGAGGUAGGGAAAGCCAGAAGACCUGAGGAGUCCCUCGAUGCCAUGACGGCAGAGCUCCAGAGACAGGAAAAUCACGGGACAGAGCUGGGGGAGCAGCUAUCUGAGACUGACAAGGCUCUGGGGAAGGCAGAGUCUCUGCUGCAGGCCAAACAGGAGGAGCUGGAGGAGCUGAACAAGGAGCUGAGGCAGUGUAACCUGCAGCAGUUUAUUCAACAGACAGGUGUCCUGCCCACGCACACCCACUCACGCACAGAGCUUCAGGAGCAACUGGAGCAAUUAGAACUGGCACAUAUUCUGCAGGAUGGAUAUAGUAAUGGAAGCCACAGUGUUACUCCAGUGGAGUCACCACCCCGUCCCACUGCCAAACAGUUCCUGGGACAUCCACGCAACCUGCAAAACCCUCUAGUGUCCAGUCUCAACCCUGAGGUCCUGACAUCCCGAGAGUCAUCGUGGAGAUAAAACAUGGACCGCAGGGCCAAGGGCGACUUGUUCACUGUUCUGUCACCCAUCACCGCUUAUUUAACCCCUUUCUUUGUAACUCUUGUCAUUAUUUAAUCUACCAUGAUAUACAUACUGUAUAUACAUAAGACAAAUAUAUUUAGAGUUUUGCUACUGUAAACACUGCAAAGUAUGUGUAUGAAAUGUAAAAUAAUUUAGAAACCUUUUCCCUAGAGCAAUUAUUACUAUGACUGUGUAUUAUUUAAAUAUGAUUAAAAAUGUGCAUUGUGUUUUAGAUAAUA